AUGUCGGGUUUGGGGUUUGACCUACAGCAGCCAUGUUUGAUGAUGUCACUCAGCACCGGCUGCGGCUCACAGCGCCCCCCGGUGGCCGGCUGCGGCUCUCCGGUGGCCGGCUGCGGCUCACAGCGCCCCCCGGUGGCCGGCUGUGUCUCGGGGCUGCUGGGGGAUUUCCUGGGCGGAAGCAGCGGAGGGGGUUUCCAGUGUGAUCAGCCCAGUCCUCCCCGACCAACAGAACCAGCAGAAUCCCAAACGGAACCCGGAGAACACCGAAGAGACCCGGACCAUGAGGAGACCGGCUGCGGCCCGGAGGCUCCGCGGCAGCGGCAACGCGACGGUCUGAGUCCCGAAGAGAGUCUACCGAGGAUUCGAGAGCCGAGAGCCGAGAGCCGGGGCCCGCCGAGGAGAUUCAUCUGUCUCUGUCUGUCUCUGUGUCUCUUCAGUGGUCCAGUGUUGUCGUUGGCGAUGACGUCCAGCGGUGAGCAGUGUUUCAGUGGAGGCAUCGACUCGACCAUCCAGUGGUGGAACAUCCCGAGCUCCAACGUCGACCCCUACGAUACCUACGAUCCCAGCGUCCUGGCGGGGUCGUGGUUGGGACACACGGACGCGGUGUGGGGAUUGGCUUACAGCGGCAUCAAGAACCGCCUCCUGUCCUGCUCCGCCGACGGCACGGUCAAACUGUGGAACCCGACGGAGAAGAACCCCUGCAUCAGCACUUUCAACACAAACAAGGAACAUGGCGUCCCCACGUCGGUGGACUUUAACGGCUGUGACCCCGCCCACAUGGUGGCGUCCUUUAACACCGGAGAUGUGGUGGUGUACGACCUGGAGACCUCCCAGAAUGCACUGGUGCUGAAGGGGCAGGGAGAUGGCAGCGUCCCAGGGUCCAAUCACAUCAAUAAGGUGGUCAGUCAUCCCACGCUGCCCGUCACCAUCAGCGCCCACGAAGACAGACACAUCAAAUUCUACGAUAACAAGUCAGGUAAAGUGAUCCACGCCAUGGUGGCUCACCUGGAUGCCGUCACCAGUCUGGCUGUGGACCCCAACGGGAUCUACCUGAUGUCUGGAAGUCAUGACUGCUCCCUGCGUCUGUGGAACCUCGACAGUAAAACGUGCGUUCAGGAGAUCACGGCUCACCGUAAGAAGAGCGAGGAGGCCAUCUACGAUGUGGCCUUCCACCCCUCCAAGGCCUACAUCGCCUCGGCAGGAGCCGACGCCCUCGCCCGGGUCUACGUUUAGACGAGGGGAGGAGGAGGAGGAGGAGGAGGAGGAGGAGGGACGACUGCGGGGCGAGAGACACAAACAGACAGAGAGCGGGAGGGAGCCCCCCCCCCCCGCAGAGCCACCAUGACACUACAUGACCCCGCCCCCCCUCCCAUCGUGUUAACACUAGUCUGACCUCUGACCCCCACACAGCAGGAGGCGACCUUAAAGGAAAAAUCCCCAAAAAUCAUCUUGUUGUUUCACGUUGUAACGAGAUCAGACCAAGAAAAGUUUGUUCUGUAGCCGCUGGUCACUUGAACGCAGCGUUAGCUCACAGAACGUUAGCCGCUGGUCACGUGAACGCAGCGUUAGCUCACAGAACGUUAGCCGCUGGUCACUUGAGCGCAGUGUCAGGUGAGCGACGCUCUUUGUCGUGUUAGUUGUUGGAAACGUUCUCCGCUGAGCAGAAAUCGUCUCGCUGUAUCCGGAGAUUUGGUGCUUCUGUCGCUGCUGUUCGUCGUUUAAACGCCACUCUAAAGCGCGUUAACGAUGUUGGAAAUUUGUGCUUUUGUCCGUAGCUGCUGUCAGAUUUCACUUCCGCACGCCGAUCAAACUACAGAAAACAAAUAUGAGGUUCCACCGAGGAACAAAAGAACCCAAAAACUCUUUGAGGAAAUGGUAUAAAGACGCAGCCUGAGCGGAAACUGAAAGGGUUAAAGGACUGAAAGGGUUAAAGGACUGCGAGGCGCGUCGUCACUCGGCGAACAGCAGAAGAUCUGAGGGGGAUUUUUCCUUUAAAGCGUCUCCGGCUGCAGCAGAGAAGAAGAGAAUCCAGCAAGGAACGCGGCGUCUGAAGUUUUAACCCCUCGAGCUUUUGUUGUAUUUAAGUUUUAGAUUUUAAAAUCUGCAGUUCCAUAUUUUUUACAGUGUUUUUAAGAGGAUUCAUAGAAAAAAGAAGUUAAAAAAACCUGGACAUCACGUCGGUUUUGUUUUUUAAUACUAACGAUGAACGAGCUCAUCGGGUUAAAAAUGAGACUCAGCUGAUUGGUCGGUACACCUCAGCCCCUGGCGGGCCAAUCAGAGCCCUGCGUUUAAACCACCGAGCGAAGGAUUCCUGCGUGGGCGUUGCUGUAGUUACGUAUGGACGUUUUCUGUUUGUGUAAAAUAAAUCUAGUUUUUAUAAUCGUUUUUAUAAACGUGGAAGCGUCUCGUUAACGGCACCGAGGAGGAUUCUGGGUCCUCACUCCGUCCAGUCCUGCCAUCGUCCUCCGUCUCCGUGGAGACGUCAUGUCCUCCGUCUUCACAGAGACAUCACUUCAUGUAGAAAGUAAAGGAGAGAGGACUACGGAGGCCCAUUUCUGCCAAUGUGAUGGCCAAAAGAACAAAAAAAAAUCCUGUUGUUUAUUAUAGAGAAACUUUGUCAAAUUAAUGACUUCAUAUCUCAAAAAAUAAUUUGGUGUUGCAACAUAUGAUUAUCUCCAAAAAAUAACUUGCCAAAAUAAGUACCUACUAUAUCAACAUAAUGAUGCAGUUUUGCAAAACAUGACUUAAAAUAUCAAAAUUGUUAACAAAAAAAGACCCAAUAUUUCAAAAAAAGACUAAGCUCUUAGAAGUGAUGGCUACCAAAAUAACAACUUAGUAUGUACAAAUAAUGACUCAAAAUAAAAACUUGAUGACUCAGUAUCUAAAAAAUGAGUUAGUAUCUAAAAAAACCCCAGAUUUUCUAAGUACUCAAAAAUAAUGACUUACAGAAAUGAUGACUUAGUACCUCGAAAAAAUAUUAUAAGAAAAUGACUUAUAGUUACACAAGAAAAUGACAGUUCACAGUAUCACAACAAUAUUUAUUAU